ACAGGGGCAGGGCAGAUAGAGUUGUGGUUGUGGACCGAUGAAAGUAGGAUAUAGAGGCAAGACCACCUCCCCUGGAACUAGUUUUAAUUAAGAUGAGAUGCAUGUGAUAUAUCUUUCGCUUUUACAAUCACAUCUUAAAAGCAAAGUUCCAGGAUAAAAAAUGGGCCUACCCGAUCGCUUUCUUGACAGGGAAAAUUCCCAUUAGAAAAAAGAAAAGCAGCAAAGGAGAAAAGGAAAAGAAAAGCUACAAGGAAAAAGCUCAUAUAGAAUGAAAGGAGAAGAUAUGGAGGAGGCGAUGAUGAUGAUCAGCAGCCCAGAUAAUCCCUGCAAUGUGACCAUUCCUCAAGAACACAUCACCACCACCACUUGCCCUAGCUGGAAACUUUAUGAGAAUCCUUUUUAUUAUUCUCACCAUCAUCAUCAUCAUCAUCAUCAUCAUCAACAACAACAACAACUAUGCCAAAGUAGCAAGCAUCUACGUCAAGUAAACCUCCCUCUCUCAGCUCGAAAGAUCGCAGCCUCUUUCUGGGAUCUGACCUUCUUCAAACCAGUUAUGGAAUCUGAACUGGAUAUUGCUAGAGCCCAGAUCAUUGAGUUGAAAGCUGAGGUAGAGUAUGAACGUAAAGCACGUAAAAAGGUAGAGUCCCUCAAUAAGAGAUUGGCUAAAGAACUUGCUGAAGAAAGAAGGGGAAGAGAAGCAUUGGAGAGAGUAUGUGAAGAGCUUGCAAGAGAAAUUUCAAUGCAUAAAGCAGAGAUUGAUCGAAUGAAGAAGGAAGUCGAGGAGGAAAGAAAGAUGCUAAGGAUGGCUGAAGUUUUAAGGGAAGAGCGAGUCCAAAUGAAGCUGGCUGAGGCCAAGAUUCUCUUCGAGGAGAAGUUACUAGAAUUGGAGGAAACUAAACGUGCACAACCUCACACGUCAAUUUCCCGGAUCGAACAGAAGAAUAAAGAAUUUAAAACACCAGCACUCUCUGCCAAUCUUUCAGGGAAGUUUGCAAGGUUAGUUUUCAGUGAGAAAUCUUGUGAUUAUAGUAACAUCGGUGUUGAUUCACGAGAGUCAACAAGAUUUGCAUUGAGCGAAAAGUCAUCAUCCUGUUACGAUAACAUAAGCAGUGCUGUCUCUUCAUCCAUGGCAAUUCAGCGCAAAGCAUCUCCAGAACCUGAGAAUCCUCACAUAAAGCGAGGGAUCAAAGGAUUUGUCGAAUUUCCAAGAGUAGUUCGAGCAAUUGGAUCAAAGAGUAGGCAUUGGGGUACAAAGCUGGAGUGCCAAAAGGCUCAGUUAAGGAUUCUACUUAAGCAGAAAAGCCCCAUCGGAUCAAAUAGUCUUAUUAUGAGUUGAAGAUAUCGUUCCCUUGAUCAAAACCUCUACAUCUCCAAGUAAUUUGACUUUUGUUUUUUUGGCUUAAAUUUUGUUUCUUCAUUAUUUUCUUGUUGAAUUGAUUCUGCUAAUGGGUUACUGCCCGCUACCUCAAAUAUCUUGUUCUUGAAAGAUGAUAAGAAUAGAGUAAAUAUAUGCUUUGGGUUUGUAAUUUGCUUUAAGGGUGUCAGGAUGUAUAUGAGUUUGUGUUCAUUAAUAUUUUAGGAUUUGCAA